AUGGCAAUAUUUAAGAAGCUCAAAACCUGCAUGUCCAAGAAAACUUUGGUGGUUCUUUUAUGCUGCAUAUUGCAAGCAGUUGGACAAGUAGGAGGACCGCUGAUUCGGAGGACAUAUUUCUUGCAUGGAGGAAAGCGAAAAUGGCUCACUGCUUGGUUAGUCACUGCUGGUUUUCCAUUCCUAUUCCUUCCAAUCUGCAUCUCUUACGCCAAAACCCGAGCCGAUAAUACAAAGGCCGAUUCCUCAUCCUCUUCUUCCAGAUUCUUUGUCACUCCUAAGCUCUUUGGAGCUUCUGCUGUAUUGGGUUUUCUUAUUGCAACAAACAACUAUUUGUACACCUUUGGCCCGUCUUACCUUCCUGUUUCUGUGUAUUCCCUUUUGAUCUCAAGCCAACUUGCCUUCACAUCAAUCUUUGCUUAUUUCAUUGUUAACCAUAAGUUCACCCACUACUCCAUCAAUGCUGUUGUUCUUAUGACCUUUGGAUCCAUUGUUUUGGGGCUCAACAUGAACGGGGAUCGCCCUGCCGGCGAAUCAAGCGCUCAAUAUACACUUGGAUUUUGCAUGACACUAGCUGCUGCUGCUCUUCAUGGAUUCAUAAUGCCAGCACUUCAAUACACGCGUAAAAUCGCCGCGAUUCCUUUCACUUUUGAUAUUGUCUUGCGACUUCAGUUCCUGAUUUCAGUAUUUGCAACUCUGUUUUGUACAAUUGCCAUGAUCAUCAACAAGGACUUCCAGGCUGUGCCAAAAGAGGCUGCUGAAUUCGAACUAGGGCCAACCAAGUACUAUAUGACAUUGGCAUUUGCAGCAUUGGGGUUACAGUGUUUAAGUAUCGGAAGCAUCGGAUUAGUAUUUAGCUCUUCAUCCUUAUUUGGGGGAAUUGUUUUUGCCCUUUUAGUUCCAGUUCAACAGAUAUUUGCUGUCAUCUUCUUACCUGAAAGCUUCAGUGCUGAAAAAUGGUUGGCCUUGGUAAUGUGCCUCUGGGGAGUUGCAUCUUACUUUUUUGGAGAAUAUAAAGUGAACCAAACGAAGCAAUUAACAGACACUAGCAAUUUCUACGCAGAUCAUGAGGAAGAGUUAAGAAGAAAGCUCAAAGCUUGGGUUUCGAUGAAAGCUCUGGUUGUGAUCCUCUGUUUCAUAUCACAAGCAGUUGGGCAAGUAGCAGGGACGUUGAUUCGGAGGACAUAUUUCUUACAUGGUGGCAAUAGUAAAUGGCUUUCAGCUUGGUUAGUUACUGCUGGUUUUCCAUGUCUAUUUCUUCCAAUCUUCAUCUCUUACGCCAAAACCCGAUCCAACCCAACUUCAUCAUCUUCUCCUUCUUCAUACAGAUUCUUGAUCACUCCUAAACUCUUUGGAGCUGGUGCCUUAUUGGGAACCCUUCUCGCAAUCAACAGCUAUUUGUACAGUUUUGGCCCCUCUUAUGUCCCUGUUUCUGUUUAUUCCCUUCUGGCCUCAACCCAACUUGCCUUCACUUCAAUCUUUGCUUAUUUUAUUGUGAAGCACAAGUUCACUCAAUACUCUGUCAAUUCUGUGGUUCUUAUGACCUUUGGAUCUAUAGUUUUGGGACUGAACAUGAACAGGGAUCGUCCCGCCGGCGAAUCGAAUGGAAAAUUUACACUUGGGUUUUGUAUGACCUUAGCUGCUGCUGCUCUUCAUGGAUUCAUAAUGCCGGCGUUGGAAUACACCCGAAAAAUGGCGUCAGUUCCUUUCACGUUUGAUCUGGUGAUGCAACUUCAGUUCCUGAUUUCAGUAUUUGCAACUCUGUUUUGUACAAUUGCCAUGAUCAUCAACCACGACUUUCAGGCAAUGCCAAAAGAGGCUGCAGAAUUCGAACUAGGGCCGACCAAAUACUAUAUGAUAUUGGCAUUUGCAGCAUUGGCGUACCAGGCUUUAAGUAUAGGAUCCACGGGCUUAGUGUUUAGCUCGUCAUCCCUAUUUACUGGAAUCGUUUAUGCCCUGUUAGUUCCAGUUCAACAGAUAUUUGCUGUCAUUUUCUUACCUGAGAGAUUCAGUGCUGAAAAAUGGCUGGCAUUGGUAAUGUGCCUCUGGGGAGUUGUUUCUUACUUCUAUGGAGAAUACAAAGUACACCAGAAGAAGCAAUUAUCAGACACUAGCCAUAUUGACAUAGGUCAUGAGGAAGACGAUGUUUGAGUUCUUCAACAACCUUUCCAAAGAGGAUUAAAAAAAAAAAAAAGCUCCACGCCGUCACAUUCUUAUAGUCCAUUUUAUGAUAUUAUUUUAAUUCAACAUGAUAGGCUAUUUAACAUGCGAUUGAAUAAGUAAAAAAAAAAAAAUAGUUUAUUAAACCAUGCAUGUAUCAACAGGAUCAAAUAAACACUAUUGUAAUUUUAUUGCAAACUGUUUCGUUUCUUUAGCGGCUACAAAUUAAGGAUGACUUACUUACCUGGAUUCACCUCUACCGGAGAUUCGUAGAUGGAUUUAUCAUGAUAUUGUAGAGGUCUCAUGUUCUAGGAACAAUUGGACAAUGUAUUUCCUAUCAUGGGUGUACCACUUCUUACUUUUCUAUAUCUAAAUAAUUCAAAAUGAAUAUUAUAUCUCUUAUUAAU